UGCUCAUUGGGACAGCUCGCUUAUGCGACAUCUCUUCGGUAACAGUGCUCCUGAAUCGGUGCAGUUUGUAGCGACGUAUGACACAACGCUUGUGAUUCCCGAAAUUCGGCGCUAAAAAAUAUUGUUUUGUGUUCUGUGAUUUAAGUGUUGCAUGGAUUUGGGUGGACAAGUGCUCAAAUUACAACAGGAUAUAUACUGUAGCAGAUACACGGCACCACUCUGGACCGAUGGCGCUUCCGUACACCUGAGGAGGAACCUCUGGUCCUCCAACAGUAUCUUGGGUUCGACGAAACAAGAGCCAUAACUCAACAAUUGCUGCUGGCGCAACAGGCACUUCAGGAACCCACACUGGAGCGCCUCGAGCGUCAUCAUUCUCCUCAUUUACGUCGGGCGAUGUCUCCAAACCAUCGCCCGUCACCUCCAGCCCUACCAACUUCAGCUUUUCAUCCUACUAGACUGCCACCGACGAUGUCUCCGCAUCAAAAACAUCCGCUCAAUUUCAUCAAAUUGCCUACUCCAAACGGGCCGAUCUCUUCAAAUUCUCCUCCGAGCAAUAUCGCACCCUCUCCUUUGAACUCUUCGCCUCUGAAUCGUUUACAAAACAUGCAACUUUUUGAUUUCCGGAAGUUUGGUGCUGGACACGCAGCUUUUUCUUCAAGAGUAAGUCCCGAACGGAGAAGAAUAUCUGAAAACGAAUCAGUUGGCUUGAAUCUUACUAGAACAACUUCGAUGGCUUCUUGUCUGCCUCCACCGUUACCUCCGCCUUCAUCUUUGAGUCAUUCUGCUGCAGCUAUGGUAGCAGCAUCAGUGAACUCCCUUGCUGCUGCUAAUUUAGUAGCAUCUUCAUUUCCAGGCUUAAUGUCAACCAGAAUGUCAACUGGAAGUAAAUCUCCAUCUAGUGCUGACGUCUUGAGCAGUGGAAAUACAAACAGCGAAGAAGACGAUGAUGGUGAUGAAAAUUCCCAUAGUGUUUUAAAUUUAAGUAGAGAUAGGGAUGCCCUUAAAAGUCCAAGACACACACGUAUUUUGCCCGGAAGGAAACCGUCCACACCUACCAAACGAUCGUGGGGCACACCAAAUUUACCUUUAAACUUAGGAACGCAGUUUAUCAAUCCCGCUACUGGAAAGAAACGAGUUCAAUGUAAUGUUUGUUUGAAAACAUUUUGCGACAAAGGUGCUUUAAAAAUUCAUUUUUCUGCUGUACAUUUACGAGAGAUGCAUAAAUGCACUGUUGAAGGUUGUAAUAUGAUGUUCAGCUCUAGACGAUCCAGAAAUAGACACAGUGCUAAUCCUAACCCAAAGCUACAUUCACCUCACCUUAGAAGAAAAAUAUCUCCUCACGACGGAAGAAGCUCCCAAGCACAUUCAAUUUUGAUGCCUCCGCAAAGUGGACUGUCCCUUCCGGCGGCAGCAGCAGCUCUUAGUCCAUUGAAUCCUUUUGGUCCUUUUCCUCUAUUGACACCACCGCCGGAUAUGAAAUACCAUUCGUUACCUCCAAUGGACUUUAAACAAACGCUAGACCUAAGUAUUCAACGAAUGAAAGAGAGCAAAGGUACAUAUCCAGAUUAUUCAUCGGUUCAAGUAUUCUCGAAUAAUCAACAACAAUCGGAGGAAGAUGAAGAUGAUGAUGAUGGUAUCGUGGUUGUAGGAGGAGAUGAGGAAGAAGAGCAAGAAAAAGACAAAAAAGAAACAACUAAUGGAACAACUGAUGCUCAGGAGGGACCUGAAGAUUUGGUUAUGCCUGCAAAAAAGCAAAAAAUGUCAAUAUCAGAUAUAGAUGAAGACAUAACAAGUAAUGUUGAUAGUAACGAAGAUUCACUUAGCGUCGUUGAUACCCCUAGCCUUAACGAUGAACCGAGUGUUCAAAUUAAUAAGAGAAAAAGAAAAAGUCAAAAUCCAACAAGAUGUGCUGUACCUGUGAUGAUGGAGGAUGCUGUUAGUGAUGGAGAUUCUUCCAAUGACGUAUUUUCUGAAAGAUUGGCCGAUCAGGUACGGCUAGAACAAGAAGAAAAAGAAGAGAAAGAAAAAGAAAAUAACAGUGAACUGCCAGUACCUGUAGAAACCAAAAAAGAAUAUGCUGCAAGCGAUACUCCUCUUGAUUUAGGAAAACGGAGUCCAGAUGUUAAUGCAAAUGAAACAGAAAAAAUUACACACGAAAUAAAAACUAGUAUAGCACCAUUAUUUACAAUAGAUAAGCUAAAAAAAGAAAAGCAGCAUCAGGAUUCGGAGACUCAGGAAGAUAUAGAAGAAAGGCCGACUAGCUCAAUGGAAAGCAACAAAAGUGAUGAAUCAUUCGAUUCUACAAAUCCAUUACGACAACUCGAAAGUCUUUCUCAUGGUCAUUUCAAUGAUCUAAUGGCUAGAGGUCUGCAUUUAGGUUUAGGAGGCCAACCUCCAUCGUUUCCUCCGUUGGGGUUUAUGAUGGGUACUGGUCCCCCAAGUCCCACUCGAUCUCAAACAUCCUCCGGAGGUAGUAGUAAUGGAAGAGAUUCUCCCGAUGAUAGCAGCCAACAUCAGUUAUUCGGGCAUUUUGACAACGGUCAGUUUAUUAGUGGUAUGGAUGUACCAGUAGAUAAAGAUAAUCCACGAAGAUGUACAGCGUGUGGUAAAAUUUUCCAAAAUCAUUUUGGUGUUAAGACUCAUUACCAAAAUGUUCAUUUGAAACUAAUGCAUAAAUGUAAUGUAGAUGGUUGCAAUGCCGCUUUUCCUUCGAAGAGAAGUCGGGAUAGACACAGCGCUAACUUAAAUUUACAUAGAAAGUUAUUAUCCACUACUUCAGAUAAAACUACAGCUAGUUUAUUUUUAGACAAAUCGCCGUUUGCCAGCUUAGCAAAUCCAGCUUUACACAGUGAUUUUCUCACAAGAUUAUACGCCGAAGAAGCUUUAAAAGGUCACCAUUUACCUCCUCCAAAUUUAGAUCAACUUAUGCUUAAUGGUGACCGUAUACCGCAUCCACCUCUUCUACUACCUCCCCUAGGUGGGCUUCCCUUUCCUUUAGGUAAUUUUAACCACUUUAGCCAAUUUAAUGGAUCCGCGUUGUCUACAACGCAUAAAGAACGUUCCUCGACCUCCAACUCACCUGUUUCCGGAUCACCUCCACCCUCAAACCUAUCACCUGCUCCUACCAAAUAUAUCCACUGUGUCGAAGAAGAUCUUCCAACUCCUGAUAAGGAGGGUAAUCUUCCAUGCAGACUGUGCAAAAUCGCUUUUAGUACUACCGCGCUACUCAAAGAACAUUGCGAAAAACACCAUAUUUCGGAAAUGUUUAAGUGUACUGUGAUGGGUUGUCCAAAAGUGUUCGUUUCGCGAACGAGAAGGAACAUCCAUUCCGAAAAUGAAUCUCUUCACGCAAAUUCUCCAUUGAAAGACGCUGAGCUCUCGUGACCUUUAAAAAACGUUAUAGAUUUUAGCGCGAUUCCACUGUGGUGGUGAUCUUAUUGAGAGUACCUACUUAUUGAAGAUUAUCUUAAUCGAUCAAAUUUGACUGCUUGCUAUUUUCAAGGAAAUAGUUUUUUUAUAAAUUUUUUUCAUUGAAGCUAUUGUAUUGGGAGGUGAGUAAUGAAAAACAAAUUAAAUUCACAUUCUGGUUGGUACUCAAAUUUAUUUUCACCAGUGAACUGAUUUAUUCUAGUUUUUUUUAUAAUUGAGUAUGGAAACAACUAUUUGUACAACUGUCAAAUAACUUUUCCGCAUUUCUAUUGAUGCCUGAAUGUUAACUUGUAAUUUCUAGUAAAGUUUGAACAAUUACUUCCAAUAUAAAAUGUUGCGAGUUGCUGCUGAUCAGAAACGUUAGAUAUUUCUUGAAAAGUUUUGUUUCCACAAUUUUAUCCUAUAUUUUUUAAUGUUUUUGGAGAAGAUGGACAAUUCUAUAUUUUGUUAUAAAUCCAAAUUUUUUGGCAACAAGAAUUAUAGAACUUCUUCUGAAACAGUGACCUUUGUAGCCCUUAUAUGUAUCUUUUUCCAAGCCAUUUUCCAAUUAUCUUGCUCAUAAAGUAAUUUUGUUCCGGUAUCAGCAUCUUGAAUAUAUUUAUUGAUAUCAUCGUUUGAUUCAUUUUCUCGGUGUUCGCGUUUUUGUUCUUAAUAAGCAAAAUAGCAUACAAGCACGUUUUCAGAGACAUUUUCACUUGUUUCUUCUCGCACCCUUCGCGAAAACGAUCCUAUGUUUUCCCAUAUGCAUACUAACUUUGAUUUGGCCGGUUAUAUAUUAGAUAGUAUUGCAUUUGCUUCCUCAGUUAUAUCUUAGGAAGUAAAUGCAAGAAGAUGGAUGUUGAACCACCAUCUUGAAAAUAACUUCAAAUUAAAAUAAGAGCAAAUCAGUUAUAGUAACAGCACAUGAAGACCAUUGGAUGCUGUGAAAUGGUACUGAUAGCAUUAAGGAUAACAAAGAACCACCAAGAUGUAUUAGAAGUAUUUAUUUUUGAUAUAAUUCAGACGAUGUGAAUUCACAUUGACAGUUAUACAAAAAAUGUUGUUUGUAUAUCCCGUUUUUAAGGCACAUUCGAGAGAAUUUUUGGCCUCGACAAAAAAUUCAACCGUGUCAUGAGCAGUUAAAAAACACUCAUAAAAAAUAUUCUAUUCCAUAUAAUCAUUAUCAUCUUUAAAAAAAUAAGGUGAAUAAAACAAAAUAAUUAUUGGAUAGAGAAAAUUCUAAUAAAGAAAUUAAAUAAAGAAGUUCUAGAAAAUGUAGAAGAUAUUUUUAUAAAAAUUUACUUAUCCAAAUGUUAAGCCAUACUGAUACAAGGCUUAACUUUUAUUAUUUCUACUACAUUAUAAGUAUAUUCUAUGACGAAAAUUCAAUAAAUUAAUAAAAAUAAACAAGUGUGGAUUUUCAUAACUCACCUAACAUAUUAAUGGAGGUAAAGAUGAUGUUGCUACUUCCCAUAGAACUAUUCUUAGUUUUGUUUCAAAUGUAAUCAUACAUUAAUAUUUUUUCUAUUUUCUCGCCACUUUAAAAGUUUAAUUCAUGAAACUUACCAUAUUAUUAAGUUUAUUUUUAAAAUAUAUUGUGGUAAUUGUUUUUUCCGUGUAUGUAUUUGUAAAUAUCUGCAAUUUUAGAACCAAUAUUUCUCAUUAGCACUUUAGAUUAGUCAUGACAUAUUCACAUAUUUUUCUCACGUAUAAUUUUUCAGUAUUUAACAGUCUAUUCACAGCUUCAAAAUUGAUUAACAAUCCUUGAUUACAUCUGUAAAGUAAUUUACAAUUUUUAAUUGAAUAAAUUGAAAUAUCUCGUUAAUAUAUUGCCGUGGAAUUCUUAAAUACCCUGUAUAUUUCGGCCCCUACCGAAAAUUUGAAAAUAUGCAAAACCACUUCUUAUUUCAAGAGGAAAAUUUACGUCUUUCCAAUUGAAUUACAUCGCCCCUUUAGAAAUUAUUAUGACGUGGCUUUGCAAAUUUUGAUUUUUCUGUGGAAGGCGAAAUUUGGAGAGCUUUGAACACCCUGUAUGAAUAAUAACACGCCAAUCAAUGAAAACAUGAGAAACUUUAAGGAAAUAUUAAUAUAUGAACUUUAGCUUAUGAGGGAGGGUCAAUAAGUUCGUGACUUUUUGAAUGAAAUACAGGUUUUUGAAUAAAAAUCAUUCUAUUUUUCAAUUAUAUAUUCAGCCCAAUCCAACAUUUUUUUUAUCCCAAAUAUGUAUUAUUAUAAUCAUUUUGUAAGAUUAUUGAAGUCUAUUUCCUUUUCAGACUAAUUUCCUGAGGUACAAGAUAUAGCCACUCUGUCUAAAAUAACUUUUUUCUUGGCCCCCAUUUCACGGUUACUAGACAGUACAAAAAUUCAUGUCGUUAUGUCACGAUUGCGUUUAUGAUUCAUUGUAAUCAAAUAGGGUCCUCCCUCGUAGUCCUAAAGCUUCCUCAUACACAAGUAAUUCGAAAUUGCAACCAUCGAACCAAGAUACCUAAGUCUUGUACAAUUUCUGGUACCAUAUCGUUUUUGGAAUGUAAAAAUUUCAACUACUUUCUAUGGCUACCGAAUACAAACUAAAUGAUGCAGCUUUUUUCACAGAAUUCAAAUGACGGAUGACUGUUGACAAAAGCAGUGUUACUGUUUUAGUUCUAGCUGAGACAUUAAAACAGUCACGGACGUUUUAUAUAACAAGAAAAUAAAA